AUGAACAAUAAUGAAGAAUUUGUGCAGCUAUGGUCUGAGAUAAUGACCUCGCUGGCUACUUCGAAGGCGGAUAGUGAGUUGCGCAGGACCAGCAGAUCAGAAGAAGAUAAAGAGAACAUGGGAAGAAAGAGGCCAGCUGAGUCUGAGAGAGAAAGAAAGAGGAAACGGGUUAAGAGGCAGCGCGUACCUAAAUCUUCAGACAAAUCUCAUAACAAUUUGUUGGAGAAGAAGAAAAAGCGGGAACUUAUAAGAAGCAAAUUCGAAGAACUGAAGCAAUUAACACCCAAUUGCCCAAAGUCGGAUAUCCUCUGCAUCCUUGAUAGUGUUAUCGAGUACACCAAAAGGUUGCAGCUUGCAGUUUUUCUUAAAGUAUUGAAAAAUUACGUAUGA